CGCGCGUCCUGGAGUGUCUCUCACUCCCACAGAUGCGCGGAGGUACAUCUCACAUCAUCAUCACCUCCUCAGCACCACUGGGUUCAACUCACAGGUGCUGCUUUUCAAACAAAUAAGUCUUUGAUUGUGAGGUGAAUUAAGAGCUCCGGGUCGAUCACCGGGACAAGAAUCCAAAAUACGUACCAGGGGGACUAACGAGAUUUGUACUUGGAGGAUGUGUGGUAUGGACGUGGAUCUGGACGAUGAAGGUUCAGGCGAGGAGGAGAAAGAGGAGGAGCUCUGGAUCGGGGAGGGGGUGAAGAUGCUGCCCCCUCCCGUGGCCCACAGCGGUGGCAGCGCGUGGGGCAGCCGCAGAGGCAGGUGUGGCUGCGUGGCCUGCGGGGCAGCUCUCAUCCUCUGGAACCUGUGUGUGGUCUUAGCCAGCACUCUGCUCCUGGCUGUGGUCUUCUCUGUGGUGCUGCUGCCUGCAAUGCUGCUGCUGUAUGUUGGUUUCCUCUGCCAUUCCAGGGUCCUUGACGCGCCCUCUGCCAUCUGCCGUUACCUUGACGACAACAGCUGCUCCGCCCUCAUCAUCCUGGGUUUUGUGAUGAUGUCGCCGCUCGUGGUCGUGGCAGCCGCCAUCUUCUGCGGGCUGCUCCGAAGGUUUCGACUGCUGCUUUUCAUCCAGCCGAUCGCACGUGCCUGGUACCGAGGACGGUUGCUAGACUGGGCAGGAAGCGUCCACGCCUGGGUCUGAUCGAGUUUUGGAUAAGCUAACAGUGAUGGCGGAUCAGAAAGUUAGAUUCGUGUAAAAUCAACCACAUCGAUACAGGGGGUAGACAUAAUAAUAGAAACACCUCAGAGUGUAAUCAGUAAUGCUACAAUAAAUAUGACCUUUCUUGUUUCAGAGAGAUGUUGACUUAACUAGCUGCUAUGUUUUAAUGAAAUAGUUUGCCAUAUUGGGGAAUACGCUUCUUUACUUUCUUGUGAGAGUUAGAUGAGAAUAUCGCCGCCAUAUCAGGACACUAAAAAUAAAGCCAGUUAGCCUAGUUUAGCACAAAGACCAGAAGCAGGCAGUAACAGCUGUCCAAAGAUCAGAAAUCGGCCUAACAGCACCUCUAAAAGUUACUAAAAAUACUGUAGAUCUAUUUUCCUAAUCCUUACAAAAACCAAAGAGUAAAAACAAGGCGCUGUGUGUACAUUUACCAUAUAUACAAACUGGAUACAGCUCAAACAUGGCACCCAGUCACUUUGAAUGUUUCUGCUCCGCUCAUAGACUUUACACUGACAUCAUGUAAAAAGAUAACCCCUUUUUUCUUAGCUCUGUUUUAGUUUGACAGAUGUAAAACCAUCAUUGGAUUAAAAAUACAAAAUAGCAUAAGUUAUAAUUGACUUUGUUUGGAGUCUGAGGUGUCCUGUCAACAGUCGUCUCUUUUAUAAUGGUGGUCUAAGGGGAAGAAACAUUUUGUUUCCAGCUCUCUUAAUACUUCCAUAGGGUUUUACAGAUAGUUCUUUGGCUGGUAUCAAGCUCCUGGAGGCUUCACUGGUUGCCUCGCAACCUCACAGUGUUGACUCCUGGUCAGUGGUGUUGCCAGGAAAUGGUUUUCGGACUUAGCUUCCCAGUAAAACCACAUGGUUUUCUCUUUACACCUUAGUUUUUGUACAGAGUUAACAAAUUAGUGAACUUUAGAUGUUGGCAGAUUGUUACCUCUGGACAGAACCGGGCAGAACCAUUUCCAGUCUUUAUACACAAAUUACUCUUCUCAUCAAACUCUUAGAAAGAAGGAAAUUGGACUUUUUCUAAAAAACUAUUCCUUCAAUGCUAAAUUUUGCACUGGAUUGCCUCUUGAAAGAUGUCUCCAUUAUUUUGUCUACCCUCCACCCGUUCACCCACAGGUCAUUUUGUGUUGUGUCGAGAACAAGAAAAUAGGAUUGUGCUUAACUUCAUCGUAGCAAAUUUUGACCUCUUAUUUGUCAUUUCUUUAGAAAGAAAGAAUAAUUUCCAGUGAUACAUGGAGUAAUGUCUUUGUACUUAAAGAUCACAGAUCGUAAUCUGCUCUCAUUUGAUCUGAGGAAACGAAAUGCAUCUUGGAACAGGCCAGAAAAAAAAUAUUAAAAUCAUUUUUGUAAAAUGGAGGUAGGGUGUAAGAUUUUCCCUUGGAAGCAAGACUCAAAAGAAGUGUUACUUGCUUUUGACAAAGGGGGAAACACAUCACAACAUGGUUUAUUAUGGUAGUGUUCAGUUAGAGUUUGUGUAUAAAACUAAUAUUUUUGUGAUUUUGUAAUGCCUGUUUGCUAACUAUCUUGACAUGUGUGACUUUCUCAGAAAUAUAUGACUGUUAGUUAUUUGUGGUUGCACAUUACAGUUCUAGCAAAUACAUCAAAAUAUAACUUUAUAUUUGAGUUGGUGGGCUUGAAGCCUUCGAACACCAUGAAAAACAGGGUGAAUAAAUGCUAAAAAUGUAUAGCAUACAAAGACUUUAAUAUCUGUGAGGUGAAUUAAUUGGACUAUGAUGUUUGUACUUGAAGUUAAUCUGAUGUAGCACCAUUAGCAGUCACGUCUUGUGGCAUGGAGAGCAGUAUAUAAGACGUAUUUCCUUUAAAGGUCCGGUGUGUAAGAUUAAAGGGCGGGGUCUGCCAUCUUAAACCACCAUGUUUUCAUAACAGACAAACCAAACACAAUUAAUAGAGUUUUUUUUGUAGGUUUCUCCUUCACACUAGGAAGGCGAGAGUGAGGUGAGGAGGUUGCAAGUUAGAAACAACAUCACUAGAUGCCACUAAACCCUACACACUGGUCCUUUAAGUGCCAAAGCAAACAACCCUUCAUUAUAAAAACAACAGAAGUUGACAGUAUGACAAAGUAAUGGAUAUUUAGUGAGAGCCAGGUGUUAAAGAGGAAUUUUAAAUCAGGAUCAGGAGCUCAUUCUGCUGCCUCUUUUCAUUGUGGUCAUUUAAAUUCAUCAGUGACACACACACACUGCAUAUCCUGUUUAUCUGCGUGCCACCGCUCCUUGAUUAAGUGUUCACAUUCGAGGCUUCAUUUCUCAGAAGAAAGCCUUAAAUCGUAUUUUUACAAGGAGUAGUUAUUUCUUGUCCUGUGCCAUUGUCAUCAUACAGAAAUGUAUUUGUUUUCUAUUUAUAUUUUUUAGCGUGCUUUGUCUGUGUAUGUUAUCGAUCCGUCACUGUAUGUAAAUCUGUUGUUUACAAUGAUAGUAUUUUGAGAACUGUACAUGAAAAAAAUAUAAUACAUUUUAAUUUAUUUUCACUAUAUGCCGGUAAAUAUCACAUGAUUAUCGUGGGUUUUUUUUGUGCACUGCUUUUUAUUUUAGUGAUAUCAGCAAAACAGCAAUGCUUGUUCAUGUUCAGACCCUUCAUCAAUAAAAAGAGGACUUCUUUUUUAGGCUUUUUUGUGAUGUGACCUGUUUAUAAAGGUUUGAAAGUCCAGUGAGUGAUGACUUGACAUUUAGCUCUGCAUAAUACACACAUAAAGACACACUAUGACCUCAAAAGGCUCUGAUAUGACCCAGCUGUUGACCCUUCUCACCCUCACUUCACCUCCUGUUACAAAAGAG